GGUUUUAUAACUCCAAAAAUUCCACCACUUUAUUUUCAUCUGCAGAAUUCAAGCCUGCGCACCAGCUGCAUUUAUUACUACUAUUUCAUGCUUUAAUUUAUUUGCACACACUCAAUCAUAUAUAUGCAUAAUGUGAGUGGUGAGCAAAGUAUGAAUGCAGAGAAGUGAGAUUAGGCAUUUGCAGUUCUAAUUCAACUUUUGCAGGAAAGGGUCGCUAUGGCAGAAUUCAGCAUUUAAUUUUUUUUGGGGUUUUUAGAAUUUCUGUUCUUGAUUAGAGGGAAUAAUAAUGGAUCAGAAAACAUGGCUAUGGAGGAGAAAAUCAUCUGAGAAGACCAUUCUUGCAAGUUUAGAUGAAGCACAAACAGUUUCGAUUGAGAAAGAAGUAGAUCUCGAGAAUUCAUUGAAAUUGUUGAAUGAGAAGUUGGCUUCUGCUGCUGAUGAGUGCUCAGCCAAAGAUGAACUUGUGUUGAGCUACAAAAGAGAGGCUGAGGUUGCUGCAGCAGGCAGGCGUAAGGCGGAGGAAGAAAUAGGCCAUCUGAGACAAGAGCUCGAUGAGGCUCAACAGCAGAGGUCAGCUGCAAAUGAGAGAUUAGGCCACUUGAACUCGACGUUGAAGAACUGCAUGGAGCAGCUCAAUCUUGCUCGGCAAGAUCAGGAGCAGAGAAUGCGUGAUGCUGUGAUGCAGACAUCUGAGGAGUUUGAGAAAUCACACAAGAAGCUCGAGGAGAAGCUGUAUGAGACAAGAAAGCGGCUAGCAAGCCUAACUUCUGAGAAUACAUAUCUCAGCAAGGCUGUAAUUGUGAAGGAGAAAUUGAUUGAGGAUAUCAAUAGUGUCAAGAUUCAGACACAGGCUGAGUUGGAGGCUCUGAUGGCGAGAUUGGAUUCUGUCGUAAAGGAAAAUGCUUUUCUGAAAUAUGAGAAUCGGAGUGUUGGGAAGGAACUUGAGCUCAAGAACAAGGAAAUAGAAUACAGCCGUCGUUCUGCUGAAUCUUCCCUCAAGCAGCAUAUGGAGAAUGUCAAGAAAAUCAAGAAGUUGGAAGUGGAAUGCCAAAGAUUGCGUGGCCUCAUACGUAAAGGUCCGACUAUGUUGGCACGGGAUAUGGAGACACAAGGAAGAAAGCAGAUCAGUAGUCGGAGGAAGGCCACAUGUGGGGGUUCACCUCUGCAAGGCCACGGUGAUGUAUACGGCCUUGACCUUGAAAACACAAGUAAGCAGCUCCGUUUCUUGAUUGAUCAGGUGCAGGAUUUGCAGAAAGAGAACACGGUUUUCAAGGAGUUUUUGGCCAAGAAAGAUGAGGAAAUCUUCCAUCUUAGAAAACUAAAGGAUUCUGAGUCUCAUGAGAAAUUUGAACAUAUAUUGGUGAAGAAUACUGUUGAAGUAGAUGAGAUCGGUUCGAGGGCUCUUGCAUUAGUUUCUGAUUGUCAAAUGAUUGGAGCUUCUGAAAUGAGCCUAAUGGAUGACUUUGUGGAGAUGGAGAAACUUGCUAUAGUUUCCGUCAAACCUCCAUGUGGGGGGUCGUUUGAUGUGGAGUCGAACAGCCUUGCUCUGGAGGCGUGUGACACCCAUAGUGAAACGAGUAAUGAUUUAAUCAAGGCCAAAGAUACAUUUUGCAAGAAAAUUGAUGAUGAUUGGCUACAGAAUGUGACUAACAUGAUCUUGGAGCAACACAAUGCUUCUUUUUCGAAAAGAAGCAUUGAUGAGCUUCUUGAAGACAUCAGGGUGUCUUCGCGCAACAUCAGACACCCUGAGGCGUCCCAGCAGCUUCCCAUCAGUGGAUGCAUCACAUGGAAAUCGCCACCUUCGUCUCCAAGCCCAGCAGUGUUGAGCACGGACUCCCUUCAACCCGACAUGAACAGAUCCAUCACGAAAUUGAGAGAGCUUACUGUUGACAUGAAUUCAUCAAAAGUGGACGGGGUCUACGAAAUUCGUGCUUUCAGAUGGAAAAAGAGUGAUCUAACUGCAGUCUUGGAAGAAUUUAUCGACAGUUGCAACAAGCUACUAAAUGGGAAGAUCAGUUUUGAGAAAUUCACAGUAGAUUUGGCUUACAUUCUUGAAUGGGUCAUGAACAGUUGUGUCUCGAUUCAAGACCAUUCCACCGUGACAGACGAAUUCAGAAAGCACCUCGGUGGAGAGGGGCCAGGAACGGCGCUGGAGCUCGAAUCUGUGCAGAAUCUCAUGCUUGAAAUGGAGAAGAUGCAUUCAGCAUGCAAAGUAGAGAUAAAAGGGUUGAAGAAUGAGCUGACUUUCACCAAAUCAUCAAGCCGAGUUAGUAGCCCGUUGUUGGGUAGGAAGGGCAAUGAGGCACUGCUGCAUAAACUAGCGCUGUCACAACAAGGCAUUGGAAGCCAGCAAAAUGAGAUUGAAGCACUAAAGAGGUCAAAGAGGGUGAGCGAGGAUCAGCUAGAGAAUCUGAAGGUAGUGAACGAAGAUCUCGAGAAGCAGCUCACUGUCACAAAAGCCAAACUUCAUGAACUUCUCCAGAAAUUAUCUUGUGCAGAAGUUGAGCUGGAUGAUAAAAGCCACUGCUGUCAAGAACUAGAAGGAACCUGCCUUGAGCUUCAACUACAACUCGAAAGCAUUGCAAACAAUCCAUAUGCAGAGAAUCAUGAAAACCAAGGAGGGCUGCUGCAAACUGGGAUGGAGAUUACUGCAGAAGCAUCUGCUAAGUUAGCAGAGUGUGAAGAAACCAUAGUGAAGCUAGGAAAACGGCUAAAGGCCUUAGGUACUUCGGCAAAGGAAUUAGACAUGAGUGACAGCAAGAAGCAAAAUUCGAAGCAACCCUCGUCUCUGCGCGAUCAGAUGAUGUUAGAGGACAAUGGGCAGGUCAACACCGAGGACUCCCCUCAGACGAAACAGAUCAUCAGCACGACAGAGGAGAGUGUGCUGUCUGCAUGCAACUACAAGGCCAUCUCUUUCCCAGAUGGCCAAGUUGUAACACCAGCAACAUAUCUCAAGUCCGGAGCUCUAGUCAUAGUCCCAAGUAAGAAGAAAGGAGGCGGAGGAAUUGGCUUACUGAGGAAGCUGCUCAUUCGGAGGAAGAAAAGUAGCAGCAAGAAUACCUCUAUUUACUUUGGUAAAUGAACUAGAGAUGGCAAGGCAAAUAUUGCAAUAAAUUUGUGACAUCUUCAAUUUC